AUGGAAACCCUAAUGGUGGACCGCGUCCACAGCAGCCUCCGCCUCUUCAUGAACCGCAACGCCGUCUUCCUCUGCGAGCGCCUCUGCGCCCAGUUCCCCGCCGAGACCAAUGUGCAGUUGCUAGCGACUUGCUACCUUCACAACAACCAGCCCUAUGCUGCAUACCACAUUUUGAAAGGUAAGAAGCUGCCGGAGUCUCGAUACUUGUUUGCUAUAUCAUGCUUUCGAAUGAACCUACUGCGGGAAGCUGAAGAAACUCUGUGUCCAGUCAAUGAACCAAAUGUUGAGGUUCCAAGUGGUGCGACAGGACAUUACCUUCUUGGACUAAUUUACAGGUACACUGGCAGAGUGGCAGCUGCAGCCGAGCAAUUCACACAAGCUUUGACUCUAGAUCCUCUUUUGUGGGCGGCAUAUGAGGAAUUGUGUAUACUAGGAGUUGCUGAAGAUGCAAAUGAAUGUUUUACGGAAGCAACUGCCCUACGUCUCCAGCAGGAACAAACAUCUACAUCAAAUCUGGAGAAGUCAAACUUUGUCAAUGAAAAUCGAGUUCUAUCUCCCAAUGUAUCAGCAAGCCUUGUGGAUAUCAGCCCUAAGCACAUAAAACAAUUGCCUGCUAACAACGCAGCUGAAGUGCCUGGUUAUCCUCAUCUAAGAGCAACCGCAUUGCAUGUGCAGAACAGUGUACAAUCUAAUGUAGGACAGUUUGACAGUCCAUCACCAACUGUAACACAGACUUCUGGCAUCGUUCCACCACCACUCUUUAGGAAUCUCCAUGCCUAUCAGAAUACAACAAGUGGUGAUGCUCCGGCCAAACCAAAGGUUAAUGCAGUGAACCAACCACCUAGAAGAAAAUACUUGGAUGAAGCAAGGCUGAAGAAGGUGACUGGAAGACUCUUUAAUCCGAGUGGUGAUUCAGUACCUCGAAGAAGUGCAAGACUAUCUAGGGAUACUCCAAUAAAUUCGAAUUCCAAUAUAUCUCAGUUUGGAGGAAAUGGAUCAGAUCACUCGUCAGGUAAAUUGCGAGUAAACUCGUCCACAUCAUCAAAAUUGUGUUCGACAGCCAUACGUUCUGUGCAAGUUAGGAAAGGAAAGCCACGGGCUACAGAAAAUUUUGAUGAAGGAAGCAGGUAUGAAGCUGUUGAUGAGAUGUGGACAGAUAAUAUAGCAGCAACUUCAUCUUCUUUAAGUAUAGCUGAAGGAAGGUACUUUGAGCAAGAUAAAGCUGAGCGAACCCUGUCACAAGACUCCAAAAUGGCGACUGGUAUCAGGGAGCUAUUGGGACUUUUGCGGACACUUGGGGAAGGCUAUAGGCUAUCUUGCUUGUUUAAGUGCCAGGAAGCACUGGAAAUCUACAGGAAACUCCCAGAGCCACAAUUUAAUACGGGAUGGGUCUUAUGCCAGGUUGGGAAGGCAUAUUUUGAAUUGGUCGAUUAUUUAGAAGCUGAUCAUUUCUUUGAGUUAGCGCAUCGAUUAUCACCGUGCACGUUGGAGGGAAUGGACAUAUACUCUACUGUUCUUUAUCAUUUGAAUGAGGAAAUGAGGCUAAGUUACCUUGCUCAGGAGCUUAUUUCUGUUGAUCGACUAUCUCCUCAAGCAUGGUGUGCAGUGGGAAAUUGCUUUGCCUUGCGGAAAGAUCAUGAGACUGCUUUAAAGAACUUCCAGCGUGCUGUACAGCUUGACUCAAGAGUAGCAUAUGCUCACACUCUAUGCGGUCACGAAUAUUCUGCAUUGGAGGAUUACGAGAACAGUGUUAAAUUCUACCGAUGUGCACUUCAGGUAGAUGAAAGGCACUACAAUGCCUGGUAUGGGCUUGGAGUAGUUUACCUUCGCCAGGAAAAGUUUGAGUUUGCUGAGCAUCAUUUUAGAAGGGCAUUUCAGAUAAAUCCCCGUUCUUCUGUUCUUAUGUGCUAUCUUGGGAUGGCCUUACAUGCUCUAAAGAGAGAUGAGGAUGCAUUGGAGAUGAUGGAGAAAGCCAUAUUUUCUGAUAAGAAGAAUCCACUUCCUAAGUAUCAGAAGGCUUUAAUUCUGGUAGGACUUCAAAAAUAUCAGGAGGCUCUGGAUGAGUUGGAACGGCUAAGGGAGAUUGCACCUCAUGAGAGUAGUAUGUAUGCACUUAUGGGCAAGAUAUACAAGCAACUCAAUAUUCUCGACAAGGCUGUAUUUUGCUUUGGCGUUGCCCUUGAUUUGAAACCUCCCGCUGCCGACCUUGCUAUAAUCAAGUCUGCAAUGGAGAAAGUACACCUUCCAGAUGAACUGAUGGAGGAUGAUGACCUGUAA